AUGCCUGAUAAUCGUGAAGAAAUAGCCAAAAGUAUAUCUUGCUAUGGAUUGCCAUAUGGAACAUGGGGGUUAGCCUGCUGGUUAUUUGCGUCUGUCACCACUUUUCUCACAUACGCGAGACCUCCCAAAAGACAAGAUAUGCCAUUAUUCAUUGCCAAAAUUGUUAUGACAGUAGGUCCAGUCAUAUUUACAUGUAUCCGUUGUCAUGGGGAAUGGGUAUUUGUACUUAUAGCAUGUGGGAAGCUUGCUCCAUGGGCUCUCAAAAUGCUUAAUGAUCGUAUAACUUUACGAUUUAAGAAAAGAAGCACAUUACUGGCGGUAAAAGGACUUUUCCAAUAUUCUGCAAAUCCAGCAGAAGAAAAGCAACUUGAUGAAUAUGACUCAGAUGAUGGAGAUACUACAAAUGAAACCGUAACUAAAGCAGUGAAUACGAUCCUCGCCGUUUGUGCUGUCUUGACGAUAAUUAUACUGUGCAUUGGUGGUUGGGUAGCUUUGGUAAAGUUUGUUUUAAUUGUGUCGCCGCCAAAGUAUAAUGACUCGGUUAACGUGGCUUCGGCGUGGAUAAGUGUAAUAAUCGCAUCGAUAAUAUUUAUAAUAGUUCUAUUCUGUGUUUCAUUUUGUCUCUGUUCGUGCAUGAAUAAGAUAUCAGAAUGUUUUGGAUCAUCUGGGGACAUUGCGAGUAUUGUGGUAGUUUACUUUGUAGUAGCAUCUCAUGUCUUGUUUUCGCACAUACUUCUUGCUGAUCUUUAUAAGAAUUGGAAUGGGCUUGCCUCUGAAAAAUAUGCAAGAAUAUCGGCCAUUAUUUUCCUUGUUGGAAGAAAUCUGCAUAUUAUAGAUUUUAUACAAUAUCUGUAUGAAUCUUAUCGUAAUCGUUAA